GUGGAGAUAUUGCUCGAGGCGACGCCGGAGGAUCAGAUCGCGCUGACGGACUCGAGCGAGAACAACGCGCUGCACUACGCGGCGCAGAAGAACAGCGCCCGCGUGGUGAAGCUGCUGCUGAACCGGAAGGUGGAGCUGGCCUACAGGUGCAACCGCGACCUGCAGUCGCCGCUGCACGUGGCGGCCAACUACGGGUCGACGGAGGCCAUGGUGGAGCUGCUGAAGCACUGCCCCGACGCGGCGGAGAUGGUGGACAGCAAGGGCAGGAACGCCUUCCACGUCGCCGUCACCAGCGGCAAGGUGGACGCCCUCAAGCGCCUGCUCAAGCACGUCCGCCCCGAGGAGAUCGUCAACCGCGUCGACCACGGCGGCAACACGCCGCUGCACCUCGCCGCCGCCCUGUCGCGCGUCCAAUCGGCGCUGCUCCUCAUCAAGGACCGCCGCGUCAACCCUUGCGUCCUCAACCGGGACGGCCAGUCCGCGCGCAGCCUCAUCGAGAAGCGCGGCGCCAGCGGGGAGGAGAUGGACACCUACGAGAUGUACCUGUGGAAGAAGCUCAAGAAGCACGAGGCCUGCAGGUGCCAGAAGCAGCAGCUGCCUCCCAUCGCCACCUACCAGUCGCUGCGCGGCCGGAGGGCUGGCCACGACGAGUACUUCAAGCACAGCGUCGAGACCUACACGCUGGUGGCCACGCUCAUCGCCACCGUCAGCUUCGCCGCCACCUUCACCAUGCCGGGGGGUUACAGCCAGACCGAGGGCACGGCCAUCCACGGACACACGGCGUUGUUCAAGAUCUUCGUCAUCUCCAAUACAGUGGCCAUGUGCAGCUCCGUCGUCGUCGUCUUCUGUUUCAUCUGGGCGUGGCGGGACCCCGUCAAGUUCAAGCUGGACCAGCUCAUGUGGGGCCACAGGCUCACCAUCGUUGCCUGCCUCGCCAUGGUCGUCUCCCUCAUGACUGCCGUUUACAUCACCGUUGCACCCACGGCAAGGUGGCCUGCGUACGUUGUGAUCGCCAUCGGAGCUAGCACUCCCGCCAUGGUGUUCCUCAUUCUUGGGAAAGAGGCAUUGUACAUCCCACUAUAGCUACUACUCCUCUUCCUCUCUGAAAAGAAGACCUGCAGUUUUUUUUUAAAGUUAAACGAUACAAACUUCAAUCAAGUUUGUACUAAAAACUACACCCACUGUUCAUCUAAUAUAAGAUGUUUUGGUAAUUCAAUUUAAACUGUCAAAGCAU